AUGGAACCGUCGGACGUCAGGGGGAACUCUGACCUAGAGGAGGACAUGCCCCUAAACGACCAAUCGGACACCCCGCCAGACAUACUGAAAAUAACGGCGCAGCUCUAUGCCCAGUGCUUUGAAAUGGAAGUGCAACUCAACAGAGAAAAAAAUCCGAUUCCUUGCUCAACGGCUGAAGCGAAGCAAGAGUUGAAAGCCAACGUGUACGAGCUCGAAAGAAUCAAGUCACAUCAUUUUACCAGCACAUUAGCUUUGCACAGAAUGCAGAUGUGGCAUGCCAUUGCAAGAAAGUUGGAACAAAAUGAUCCAGAGGCGAAUGAUCUGAAAGCCAUCAUUGAUCGCUGCAUGACGCUUUCCUCACAUAUAAACACACUUCAGGAGAAAACAAUGACUCUUGAAAAUGGAAUCACAAAACUCCAGAAAAAACGUCUUGAACUGAAGCAACGCAUUCAAGAGAAAAUGAAACAGAUUGAAGAAGUGAAAGCGCACUGGUAUGCAGAAAAGUACCAAGCUGUCUUGCAAAAAGGAAGCACAAACCUGGAGAAUUAUAAAAAGAUGGUUGUCAUGGCACAGAAUAUACUGAGGGGACUUGUUUUAGCAUGUAACAUAAACUGGAUGGAUGAUCCACACCUGCGAGACAUCGUCAUGAAGCUGGAAGAAUUCCCUAUUCCGGACUAA